UUCGCCGAUCUUCCACCUUCAGUACACUUUCACUGUUUAAAGGGUGAGGUGUUCCAGUAGCGGCUCCGGGCUCCUGGCCACAUUGAUUAUCAUCUUCCCUUAAUUCUUUCAACGAGCGUCAUGCCGUCUCCAAAGUGACCCGCACCGGGGAAUUCGUCAUCUGUUGAGGAAUGCGCAGGAUGUUGUGGUGUCGGCGACGUGGGCGGUGGGCGAGCGUGGGCGUGGCUGUGCUGGUCCUCUUCGUCCUCGUCUUCGUCAUCAAGGACCCCAGGAUCUCCUUCGACGACAACCCGGACGUCAUGAUCCCUCUCAAGUCGCGCCACCACAACCAGGAGGAGUAUAUUGACAAGCGAGGGAUCCACGUGGUGGUGGGUCACUACAUGGGGGACAACAUCCCGGGCAAGACCUCUCCUAACCUUACUGAAGAGCUCCUGAACACCAACGGGUACUCGCCCCAGCCCACGGCGGGGGAGAACGGUAACCCCGUUCACAUCCCCAGCUGGGAGGGGGCCCGGAUGCAACAGCUUUACCACAUCAACAAGUUCAACCUGCUGGCUUCUGACCGCGUCCCUCUUAACCGGACCCUCCCGGACGUCCGCAAGAAGAAGUGCCACGAGAGGGCGUACCGGGUGGAGCGUCUCCCUUCGACCUCAGUCAUUAUCGUCUUCCACAACGAGGCUUGGUCCACCCUGCUGAGGACAGUUCACUCCGUCAUCACUCGCUCUCCUCCCAGUCUUCUGGAGGAGAUCCUUCUGGUCGACGACGCCUCACAGAGGACCUUUCUCAAGGAGCCGCUGGAUGAGUACGUGGCCAAGCUUCCAGUGUCUGUGCGUGUCAUCCGGUCAUCUGUGAGGACGGGGCUGAUCCGUGCGCGGCUGUUGGGGGCUCAAGAGGCCAGGGGCGCCGUCCUCACCUUCCUUGAUGCCCACUGUGAGGCCACGACAGGAUGGUUGGAGCCGCUACUGUCGAGGAUCGCGGAGGACCGGACCAGGGUCGUGUGUCCCAUCAUCGACAUCAUCCACGAGGACACCUUCCAGUACGUGCGGUCCUUCGAGCUCCACUGGGGCGCCUUCAACUGGAACCUUCACUUCCGAUGGUAUACUCUGGGCCAGAAGGAGCUCGAUGAGCGCAAGAAGGAUAUCACUGAAGCAUACAGAACCCCAGCGAUGGCCGGAGGUCUCUUCAGCAUCCACAAGGACUACUUCUACCAGGUGGGGUCCUACGACCGCCACAUGGACGUGUGGGGAGGAGAAAACCUCGAGAUGUCCUUCAGGGUGUGGAUGUGCGGAGGGUCGGUGGAGAUCGCCCCGUGCAGCCACGUCGGUCACGUCUUCAGGAAGAGCUCGCCCUAUACCUUUCCUGGCGAGGGCGGCGUAGGAGGGGUCCUCUACCGCAACCUGGCCCGCGUCGCCUUAGUCUGGCUCGAUGACUGGGCCGAGUUCUAUUUUAAAAUCAACGCUGAGGCUGCUCGAGUGCGAGACGACGUGACAGUUCGGGACCGACUGAUGCUGAGGGACCGUCUCAACUGCCGUAGCUUCAAGUGGUACCUGGACAACAUCUGGCCCGAACACUUCUUCCCGAUGAAGGACCGCUUCUUCGGCAAGAUCCGUCACGAGCAACAGAGUCGUUGCCUACAGAGGCCUGUGGGGUCUGGAGGCAGCAAUCAGCCCACGGGAGCUGCGGUGCUUCGUGAGUGUGUCAUAGAAACCUUCCCACUACAAACAUUUGUCUUUACCAAGAAAGGGUACAUCAUGACAGAUGAGAGCGUGUGUGUGGACGCCCCCGACGCCGACUCCGCCAGGGAGCCCCAGGUCCGCAUCAUGGCUUGUAAUGAGUUCGAGCGGCAGAGAUGGACUUACGACGAGGACACUCACCUGGUGAGGCACUUGCAGUCCGACCUGUGCCUCGACCUUCCCUCCAAGGCCAAUCCGGAGACACUCUCUCUCCAAAAGUGUGACACUUACUCCAAAAGUCAGAGGUGGAUCUUCCAGCACGAGGAUUGGACUAAAUCUAAGUGAAAGACGGUUUAUUCAUCAAAGGAAAAUGUGAUGUAGUAAUGGAUGAUGUGAAGGAUGUGAACCCUUCUGAUUAUCGUCCGUAAUUAGCUGUUAUACAUGCCAUGAGAGUUCAGGCAAUAGUGCUGUUGCAAAAUGCAAUUCAAGAGAAAAGAAGAACAGCAGUGUGUUAUACUGUCACCAGCAGUGUUGUCUUUCUAAGAAUAAAUGUAUCUGUGAUAUCUCGAGCACCAGUAUGGAGGAAUGAAGUUUGAUGACGAGACUUGUCCCUUCUGAUUUAUGGUCACCGACUGGAUACUUAAGGUUUUCACCCGAAGCUUAAGCACUACGCAUCCGAAUUUCAUACGCUGUUAUCCGAAGUUCAUUCGCUUUUAUCCGAAGUUCAUGUACUGUUUUUUAUUUAUGAACAAGAAAACUGUUGGUGCUGGUCGGUUUCCUUGAGAGGCACCGAUAACCAAAUCAGAAGUAUUAUAACUCAUAACACAAAUUAAUGAAUAAAUAAUGUAAAGUGAGAAUCUGUAAUUGAUAUUAACAUUAGUGAUAUACAUAAUGCAGAAAUUGGCACUCUUCGUGGUAAUGAGUAUUAUUUGAUGAGCAGUGAUGAAAUUGUUUGACAUUACCUCAGGUUUAUAAUGUUGAGGUUCUACAGGGUGUUGAAUAGACUUCAUUAGAAUCCUUUUGUUUUCUACUGUUCAUCCUGUAUAUUGGAUAACACAGUUUACAAAAGGAAUAAAGAGUUAUUAGAUGGUGAAAAUACUGAUAUCGGAACAACCGUGGACAUCUUCAAGAGAAGAGUAGAUAGUUUUUCUUCAAGAAGUGCCGGACCAACCAGGCUGUGGUAGAUAUGUGGGCCAGCGGGCCGCUGCAAGCAACAGGCUGUUGGGUCAAGCUCUCACAAGUCAAGCCUGCGCCGGGCUUGGGGAGUAGACGAACUUCCAGAAGCCCAUCCAGGUACAGUGCAGGUACCGAGAAAUUCCUGUCUGAAUAUUGAAUGUUUUUUCAAUAUAUAUUCAUUUUACUGCAGCUUUUUUUAGGUUUGAAUGAAACAUAUUAGAACUGUUUAGUGUAUUGUUGAUGGUCACAUUUAUGCAUCUCUUAAAUGUCAUGAAGUUCGACUCUGUUUUGUUUACCAUUGUACGAAAUGGCAAUGUCCUUGAUAUUUGAUGUUUUGAUGAAUGAUGUGCUUUCAGGGAUAUGCUUGCUUUUAUCAUUAUCCAUAGAUAUCCAAGCCCUUGGUGAUGAGUUUGUUAGAAAUAUUUCAAGCCGUUUUAAUGCUUUAAGUGUUGGAUAAUCUUCAUCAUGAUGACACGAACGUGUCAUUAUGAAUCGGUUUUCUCACAUGAAUCAAAAUAUCUUUUAGGCUUUCCAUUUACCAGAGUCACUCCAAAUCAAGCAGGCUUUAAUUUGUGUAAGACUUAUUUACACACAAAAAGGAAGUAAUGAUACCAUUUUGCGAAUAUUUCAGAAGAGAAUAAACAAUAUAAUUUUAACACGGACGCCUUAAAAUUCAGUUUUACAUACAAUCACAUUACAAUCUUAAAGAAAGUUUAUUCCCCUUGAGGAAUGGUGACUUACAAAAUUCAGUGAUGGUGUUUGUCAUCAUUGUUUCACACACUGCAGCAUGUUCAGCUUGCUUAAGCUUUGUGUGAGGGUAAACAAGGGGGAUACGAGUCGAAUACAUGAUACAUUGUUGUAGGCUUGUAGUGCAGCUGUUGUGUCGUAGUGACCUGGGGCCAGAUUCACGAAGCAGUUACGGAAGUGCUUACGAACGUGUACAACUUUGCUCAAUUUUAGACGGCUUUGGUUACAUUUAUUAAACGGUUUACAAGGAUGAAAACUUGCCAAUCA